AACGCCCCAUAAGCUGAUGGUUUGUGUUUCCAAGGGGGUGUUUCGUAACGGGAGUCUAGUAGGUAUAAAACCAUAACAGAUGAGAUUGGUAACAAUACAGAUAUCAGCACCAUUGCCUUUAGUGCCUACAGUCGUACGGUACCAGUAAGUAAGCAAGUUUGAAAACAGUUGAAGCAUGGCUGAAGCAACUUCAAUCAAAAUAUUGAAAUGUUUUGCGAUUGUGUUAGUCUUAACAGUAACUUGCGCUUACUCUCAAGAACCAGAAUUUGUAUAUCCAGAUGUAUUUAAUGAUCCCGAACGAGAUGCAUUCUUGUACGGAACAUUUCCAGAAGGAUUCGUAUGGAGUUCGGCAACAUCUUCAUACCAGAUAGAAGGUGCAUGGGACGAAGAUGGCAAGGGGAAAAGUAUAUGGGAUACGUGGACACACGAAGGUGGUCAUGUGAAAAACGACGACACUGGUGAUGUUGCAUGUGAUAGUUAUCACAAGAUCAAAGAGGAUGUUUCCAUUUUGAAAGAAAUGGGACUUCACCAUUAUCGAUUCUCUUUUUCUUGGCCCCGAAUUCUCCCAGAUGGAACAAUAAACAACAUCAAUGAGAAAGGUGUUGAGUACUAUAGCAACCUGAUCGACGCACUCCUCGAAGCAGAUAUCAAGCCAAUGGUUACACUUUUCCACUGGGAUUUACCACAAGCGUUAGAUGAUUUUGGUGGUUGGACAAACGAAAGUAUCGUGGGUCUAUUCAAUGACUAUGCAAAUUUGUGCUUUGAAAGAUAUGGAUCAAGAGUAAAAUUCUGGAUUACAUUCAAUGAACCAUGGAUUGUAUCUCUCCUGGGAUAUGGAGCUGGUACCUGGCCUCCUGGCAUCACAGAGCCUGGUACCACCGUGUACAUAGUUACACACAACAUAAUCAAGUCACAUGCCAAGGCAUGGCAUACAUACGAUGACAAUUACAGAGAAUCUCAGGAUGGUCUUAUUGGGAUUACUCUGAACUCAGACCACAUGGAGCCCUUUAACAUGUCUAAACCAGAUGACAUUGUAGCUGCUGAUAGAGUUCUUCAGUUCCAACUUGGCUGGUUUGCUCAUCCAAUCUACAUAAAUGGCGAUUAUCCUCAGAUAAUGAAGGAGAAUAUUGCUUACAAAAGCGCAAUGCAAAAUUAUUCACAGUCUCGUUUACCAGAAUUUACCGCCGAAGAGAAAUUGUACAUAAAGGGCACAGGUGACUUUUUUGGUCUUAACCACUAUACUACUACAUACGCAGUAACGUCUCUAACGGACACUGAUGAAGCUAGUUACUGGACAGACCAGAAUAUUGCGUCUUGGAAAGAUGAAGCCUGGCCUAAGUCGGGAUCGGAUUGGCUUCAAGUUGUUCCUUGGGGACUUCGACAUCUAGUCAACUGGAUUGACAAUGAAUAUGGCGGAAUACCAAUCUACGUUACUGAAAAUGGCGUCUCAACCCAUGAUGUAUAUGAGCUGGAUGACGUCAUCAGACAAAAGUACUAUCGAUCUUACAUCAAUGAACUGUUGAAAGCUAUCACGAUUGACAAUUGCAAUGUGAAAGGCUACACAGCUUGGUCUUUGAUGGACAACUUUGAGUGGGCUUCUGGCUACAGUGAACGAUUUGGUAUUCACUAUGUUGACUUCAACGACGAUGAACGCAAGAGAAUUCCUAAAAAAUCAGCGGAAACGUAUGCUAAAAUUGUGGCCGACAAUGGUUUUCCAUCAAGCGGCGGAAUGAGGUCCAUUGGCUGUGUGCAACUGACAAUUCUCGCUGUUGGGCUUUCGCUACUUUCCAGCGUAGGCCUUAUGGUGUAGGUGGUAGACAGCGGUCGGGUCCAACACUUCGGCCGAUAAACCAGUUUGGAAUUUGUGGAAGAAAUAGUUUCCAUUUUCUAAAUAUUAUAAAUGCAAGACAAUGAAAUCUAGUGCUCAUGACUCCAAUAUUUAAAUAUUAGUGCGACAAAUUACACCAAGAAAAAAAAAAGAAUUUUAAAUAUUAGCUACCAGUUUAUCAAUUACUGCAAUACUUUACUUCAAUUCCAAUGUUUUGUAUUUUAGUUUUUUAUGUUUUCGUUUUUGCCAUAUUAUUAUUGUUGUUGUUAGUAUUAUUAUUACGGCAAUCAUGCCUUAUUGAAGAACACUCAUAGUUGUGGAAUGAUGUAAACAUGACUUAGGCCUACUAUUAUGACGGCUAAGUACUGUAGUCACGGACCACGCCCAUACGCUGCGAGUUAUGGGUUGGUUAUUCCCUUAUAUCCUUUACUGUGAUAGAAGCUUUUUCGUGUUUAGAAUAAAGUAGACCUAGUUAUUAUUAUUAUUAUUAUUAUUAUUAUUAUUAUUAUUAUUAUUAUUAUUUUAAGAGAUCUAGUGAAAUAAAUUGAGAAGGCCUAAAUUGA